GAGAAACGACGAGACCUACCAGAUCUUUUUGAAUGCUCUAGGUGAGCUCUUUUCAUCUACAUUGACUGCUUGAUGCUGAUAUGUCGUCAACAGCUACUCAAGGGAUAGUUGUGGCCGGCGAAGAGAACACCGUUCGACCUCUAUUGGACCUCCGCACGGGCGAGUUGGGCGAACAGGGCGAUGUCCAUCUCUUUGCUUCUUCCCACGAUUCCCAGCUCGAUGGGACGGUCCGCUUGAUCAAUUUAAAAUACCACGUGGCGUGAGAUAAUCAACUCCACACAAACCCCUGUACCUUCGUGGCUUUUUGCUGUGCGCUCGAGAUACGACUACUCAGCACCCUUUCAUCACCCACAUCUACACCACACAUUCCCCCGACCGAUAAGCCACCACUAAGCAUGGUUUCCUCUUGGCUUUCCAAGGCCUCUGCGCUGGCCGUCUGUGCCAUUGCUGUUUCGAGAGCCGUAGCGACGCCCACAGGCGCUCCUGCUCCGGCCGAGGAGGUCAAGUUCGACAACCUCGGCCAAAUGCACUGGGAUUCUGACAACAGUAAGACGGAGCCCGCGCCCAUUGGCAGGCCCAACUUCGACCGACUCGACGUCGCUGCCAUUGAAAAGUCGUUUGAGGCCGAGACAAAGCUGUGGCUGCAGGAGGCUAUGCAGACUGGAAAGCACGCCGCCGAGGACCUUAACGAGAAGCUCCAGGAGCUGCUCUCCAACAUCGAAAAGACCGUCGAUGGCGUCAAGCACGAUGCUACUGCCUCGGCUCAGGAUUGGAUCCACAAGGGACUGGUCUGGGUCAAUGGCGUCAAAUACGAGAAGCUCAUUCACCCACGAUUCCCCGACUACGCACUGCGUCUUUCGACGUCGUCGGACAUUUCGACAAAGUGUGACCCGGACGUCAAGUCGUACAGCGGCUACUUUGAUGUUGGUGAAGACAAGCAUCUCUGGUUCGCUUUCUUCGAGUCUCGCUCUCGCAAGGCGUCUGCUGCGCCGGAGAAGGAGCCCGUCGUCAUGUGGCUUAAUGGAGGCCCUGGAUGCUCGUCGUCUGCUGGUUGGCUCAUGGAGGGUGUCGGACCCUGCACUAUCGACAAGAACGGCACAGCGACAAAGUACAAUGAGCACAGCUGGACCAACAAGGCUAGCGUUUUCUUCCUCGACCAGCCCGUUAAUGUCGGCUACUCGUACAGCGAGUCAUCCGAGGUCAACAACACGCCCCAGGGCGCCGAGGAUGUCUAUGCCUUCCUCAGCCUCUUCUUUACAAAGUUCCCCGAAUACAGCGAAUCGCCUUUCACUAUUGCUGCCGAAUCGUACGGCGGUAGGUACGCACCUCUCUACGCUGCCAAGAUCCACGCCGAGAACAAGAAGAUCAAGGCGCAGCAAGAGCAGAGCAUUCAGACGGCCUUCUCGCCGAAGGCCAUCAACCUCCACUCGAUCAUGCUGGGCAACGGCUUGACGAACCCAAAGAUUCAAUUCCCCGCGGUUGUUGACUUCGCUUGCCACGGAAAGUACGCACUUUGGGGAAAGGACAGCCCCGAAUGUGUCAAGCUCACGUCCAAGGCCAAGACGUGCGAGAGCCUCAUCGACCAGUGCUACAAGUACGACUCUAGGCUGACGUGCCUGCCUGCCGCCUUGUACUGCUGGUCAGGCAUGUACACCGACGCACAGCAGUCGGGUCGGAACCUGUACGACGUGCGAAAGUCGUGCAACCGUGACCCCGACGCAGAUGGGCCCCUGUGCUACCGCGACGAGACUUACGUCGAGCGGUACAUGAACGAGCCUGCGGUCAAGAAGGCGUACGGGGUACCCGACAGCAUCAAGUAUCAGGCCUGCAACAUGCAGAUCAACCAGAAUUUCUUGAUGCAAGGAGACUCAAUGCACGACUCCUCUGCAGUGCUUCCGGAGAUGAUCGAAGACGGAAUCCGCCUCCUCGUCUAUGCGGGAGAAGCUGAUUUCAUGUGUAAUGCAAUUGGAAAUGAACGGUGGAGCAUGCAGCUCGAGACCGACUACGCCUCCGAGCUGGCCACGAACAAGAAGGACUGGAUCGUCGACGGAAAGAAGGCCGGAUACGUUCGCAGCUCCGGUAAAGGUGCUGUGGCGUACAUUAGUGUCAAGAAUGCGGGCCAUAUGGUGCCGCUCGACCAGCCCAAGGCAGCGCAGUCUAUGGCGGAGACCUGGCUGGCUCACAAGGACUUUGCCUGAUGUCUUCUCGUCGCUCGCGUAGGUCUUCUUCUAUGCUCGGGACUCACUCGAGAUGAGCGGGAAGUUGCCAACGAAUGCAGAUAUGUGGAGUAUGCACUACUAUUUAUUUUUUGAAACGCGAACUUCAAUUUGUG